AUGAGUCCUUUUCUCACUCUCGCUCUCUGCUUCACCUCUCUACUCCUCGGUGCCAACGCCGUAACCCAGUCGGAGCUCCGAUCUCUACUCGAGUUCCGGAAAGGGAUCCGUGACGAGAGCUCUAACCAACGCAUCUCAUGGUCCGCUACAAGCAGCCUCACUGACCCCACUACUUGCCCCGAGGGCUGGCCCGGCAUCUCCUGCGACGCGGAAACCGGCUCAAUCGUCGCCAUUAAUCUCGAUCGUCUCGGUCUCUCCGGCGAGCUCAAAUUCAGCACGCUUACUGGUCUCACCUCUCUUCGCAACCUCACUCUAUCCGGAAACAACUUCUCGGGUCGGGUCGUGCCUCUGCUCGGAGGGAUUUCGUCGCUCCAGCACUUAGAUCUGUCAGACAACGGAUUCUAUGGACCUAUUCCGGGUCGGAUCUCGGAUCUGUGGGGUUUGAAUUACCUCAAUUUGUCUGCGAACAAGUUCCAAGGCGGGUUUCCGAGUGGGCUCCGGAACCUUCAGCAGCUAAGAUCUCUGGAUUUGCACGGAAAUGAGUUUUGGGGAGACGUAGGAGAAAUUUUCACUGAGCUGAAGAACGUGGAGUUCGUUGACUUGAGCUGCAAUCGCUUCCAUGGCGGCUUUUCUUUAUCCGUCGACAACAUCUCGAGCAUCUCCAACACCCUCCGUCACUUGAAUUUGAGCCACAAUGCGUUAAACGGCGGGUUUUUCAGCGAGGAUUCCAUGGGUUUGUUCAAGAACCUCGAGACGAUUGACCUGGAGAACAACCAGAUCAAUGGAGAGUUACCGCGUUUUGGAUCGCAGCCGAGUUUGAGGAUCUUGAAGCUUGCCCGCAACCAAUUAUUCGGUACAGUGCCUCAAGAGUUGUUGCAGAGUUCGAUUCCACUGCGAGAGCUAGAUCUCAGUCGAAAUGGUUUUACAGGAGUUUCUUUUUAUUCAAGUGCAGGAUCAAUCAGUGAAAUCAAUUCAACAACUUUAACUUUGUUGAACCUUUCUUCUAAUGGCCUGUCUGGGGAACUUCCAUCGAGUUUGAAAAGCUGCUUAGUGAUAGAUCUGAGUGGGAACACUUUCUCCGGCGAUGUUUCUGUUGUUCGAAAGUGGGAAGCUACUCCAGAUAUUCUUGAUCUGAGCUCAAACAGCUUGUCGGGAAGCUUGCCAAACUUCACUUCUGCAUUUUCAAGACUAAGUGUGUUGAGCAUCAGAAAUAACUCCGUCGCUGGUAGCUUGCCUUCUCUGUGGGAUGAUUCAGGGGCGUCCCAAUUCUCUGUGAUUGAUCUCAGCUCAAAUAAGUUCAGCGGCUCCAUUCCGCAAAGUUUCUUUACUUUUGGAAGCUUGAAAAGUCUGAACCUUUCUAUGAACAACUUGGAAGGGCCGAUUCCUUUUCGUGGUUCACGUGCAAGUGAGCUUUUGGCUCUAACUUCUGUUCCUCAGAUGGAGUUGCUUGAUCUCUCAACCAAUUCUUUGACGGGUAUGCUGCCGCGAGAUAUAGGUACAAUGGAAAGGAUUAAGGUUCUGAAUCUUGCCAAUAACAAGCUCUCCGGGGAACUCCCAAGCGACCUCAACAAGCUUAGUGGCCUUGAGUACCUUGACUUGUCGAACAAUGCCUUCAAGGGUCAAAUUCCCGACAAGCUUCCUUCCCGAAUGGUGAGAUUUAAUGUGUCAUACAACGACCUAUCAGGCAUAAUUCCGGUAGACCUGAGAAGCUACCCACAUUCAUCGUUUUAUCCUGGCAACUCCAAGCUAAGUCUCCCUGGUGGGAUUCCUACGGAUUCUACUCGUCAACUGACUUUUCAUGGGAAAGACCAUCAUUCGAAGCUUAGCAUAAGAAUAGCAAUUAUUGUUGCUUCAGUUGGAGCUGCUCUUAUGAUUCUUUUCGUCUUGUUUGCCUAUCAUCGAACGCAGCUCAAGGACUUUCAUGGGAGGACUGGGUUUACUGACCAUGCCACGACUAGAGACGCCAAGCCUGGACGCUCUUCCCGUCCCUCCUUUCUCAACUUCAGCUCGAAUGUUGAACACCAGUCAUCGUCUUUGAGCUUCUCAAACGAUCACUUGCUCACCGCUAAUUCGAGGUCCUUGUCUGGGAUACCUGAGCCUGAAAUAUCUGAGCAGGGUUUUCCAGCUACUUCAGCCACUGCAAACCCUAACCUCCUUGAUGAUUAUCCCGCAACGUCUGGACGGAAGUCUUCUUCAGGAGGCUCCCCAUUAUCCUCCUCGCCGCGUUUUAGCGACCAGCCUGUGAUGUUAGAUGUUUACUCACCCGAUCGAUUGGCUGGAGAACUCUUCUUCUUAGAUGUCUCACUAAAACUCACAGCAGAAGAGUUAUCCCGAGCUCCUGCAGAAGUUCUAGGUAGAAGCAGCCAUGGCACGCUAUACAAGGCAACACUGGAUAACGGACAUAUGUUAACCGUGAAAUGGCUGAGAGUUGGGCUCGUGAGGCAUAAGAAAGAUUUUGCGAAGGAAGCUAAAAAAAUCGGCUCUUUAAAACAUGAAAACAUUGUCACGUUGCGAGCAUACUAUUGGGGUCCCAGGGAACAAGAAAGGCUUCUCCUUUCUGACUACAUGGGAGGAGAAAGCUUGGCCAUGCAUCUUUACGAGACUACUCCUCGGAGGUAUUCUCCAAUGUCUUUCACGCAAAGACUAAAAGUUGCGGUUGAAGUGGCGCGAUGCCUUCUCUACCUUCAUGAUAGAGCAAUGCCACAUGGGAACUUGAAACCGACAAACAUAAUCCUCACAAGCCCCGACAAUGCUGUGCGAAUAACCGAUUACUGUAUCCACCGUCUGAUGAGUCAGUCUGGUGUAGCGGAACAGAUACUGAACAUGAGUGCACUCGGUUACUCUGCUCCUGAGCUUGCCUCGGCUUCCAAACCCGUUCCAACGCUCAAAUCCGACGUGUAUGCGUUUGGGGUGAUUCUUAUGGAGCUCUUGACUAGACGGAGCGCGGGUGACAUAAUCUCGGGUCAAUCAGGAGCCGUUGAUCUGACGGAUUGGGUGCGGUUGUGUGAUCAAGAAGGUAGGAGAAUGGAUUGCAUAGACAGAGACAUUGCAGGUGGGGAAGAACUCUCAAAGGCAAUGGAGGAUGCACUUGCUGUUGCAAUCAGGUGCAUUGUCUCUGUACAUGAAAGGCCUAACAUCAGACAAGUUCUUGAUCAUCUUACCUCAAUUUCUGCUUGA